AUGGUAUUAUCGCAAGAUGUCCCUUUACAAGACACAGUGGCAAACAAGGCGACUACAAGUAAAGAAUCUUUAGCAUCCACAAAUGAUCACCCCAGCGAGCAAGUCCUGGAUCUUUCCAAGGAGUCACCCGAAGACAAAGAUGCGACCGAACAACCUGCCUCGCUGAAGCAUUAUUUUAGAAUUUUAUCGUAUACGACUACCAAAGAUAGGAUGAUCCUCGCAGUCGCCUUGGUUUGCGCUGUGGGGUCUGGUGUGCCCCUACCGCUCAUGAACAUCGUCUUUGGAUCACUGGUUGGUGACUUUAGUACAUAUUUUACUCCCGGAUCCUCGAUCACCGAAGCAGAAUUCAAGAAAUCAGUCAGCCGACUGAGUCUGUACAUUGUAUAUCUCUUUAUUGCCAAGUUUACCUUGACCUAUUUCUCUAUGUAUUGCUUCCGGGUUAUCAGCCUUCGAAUUUCAGCCGCCUUGCGAAUGGAGUAUAUGAGUUCGCUUUUCGCCCAGCCAAUCAGCCAGCUUGACCAAGUCUCAGUCGGAACAGUCGUCACCACAAUCACCACACUCUCUAAUACAAUCCAGCAGAGUAUAUCAGACAAGAUGGCCACGCUUUUUCAAUCUACAGCACUCUUAAUCACAGCAUAUAUCAUCGCCUUCAAAUACUCAUGGGCUUUGACUCUUGCUACUAGCUCUUGCAUUCUCUUCAUUUGUAUCGGCUGCAGCGCAACACUGCCUGCCAUCUCGAAGAAGCAACAACAGGCAGAUAAAGCAGACGAAAAGCAUUCUGCGAUCGCAGCAGAAGUCUUUGGCUCAAUUCGAACGGUUGUCUCCCUGGGUGCCGAAGCACCUCUUACCAAAAAAUAUCGACGAUGGGUCAUGGAAUCACGAGACAAAAGUCGAAGUAUGGCAGCGCUUUUGAGUUCUCAGUUUGGUGUCUUGUUCUUUGCCAUGUACUGCAGUUAUUCGCUGGCAUUUUGGCUUGGUCUGAAACUCUUCCGAGAGGGUCAUAUUCAUGACAUUAAUACUGUCAUUAUCGUAUUUUUCUCUAUCAUGAUCGCAGUCAGCAUUCUUGGAAGCAUCACAACUCCCUUAACCAUGGUUUUCAAGGCGGCAAGCGCAGCGACCACAUUCUUCGAAAUAAUUGAUGCAGAGAAGAUUGCAAUUGGUGGUGUUCGUGAUUCGGACGCGUUGGAUCAUGGAGAUAUCGUCUUCGAAAACGUGCAUUUCGCGUAUCCCACGCGACCGGACAGCCAAAUCUUCCAGGGACUGAACGCCCGAUUUGAAAGAGCCAAAACCACUGCACUCGUAGGCCCGUCGGGGUCUGGAAAGAGUACCAUCGUCGGUCUGCUAGAGCAAUGGUACACGCCGAGUCAAGGAAGUAUUCUUUUGGGCCAACGAAAAAUCAAAGAUCUCGACAUCAAAUGGUGGAGGUCCCAAAUCGGACUUGUUCAACAAGACGUGUUCCUCUUCAACGAUUCAAUCUUCAAGAACAUCUCAUUUGGGCUUGUUGGCACUAAGUGGGAGAAUGAGCCUGAUGCUAUCAAGCUUGACUUGGUGAAGCAUGCAUGCAAAGAAGCAUUCGCAGACGAAUUCGUUGAGCGCCUCCCACAGGGGUACGAUACAAUAGUUGGAGAGAACGGUACCAAACUGAGUGGCGGUCAAAGACAGCGUCUUGCCAUAGCUCGAAGCAUUGUGAAGCAACCUACUAUCUUGAUUCUGGAUGAAGCUACCAGUGCAAUUGACGUUCGCGGAGAGAAGAUUGUUCAAGCUGCACUGAAUCGCGUUUCUGAAAAUCGAACCACAAUCGUGAUUGCACACAGGCUGUCCACUGUUCGACGUGCUGAUCGCAUCCUGGUUCUCAGGAACGGUGUUAAUGUCGAAGAGGGAACACAUGACGAGCUUCUUGCCAUGCAGGAUGGGCUAUAUCGGGGCCUUGUCAAUGCCCAAAGACUUGAGAGCGCUGCAGAUGAGGAAGAUGCCGAUCCAAACGAGGCCACUGACGUCGUGAAGGAGGAGCUUGGUAGAUCCACCACUACCGUUUCUGAACAGCCACAAGACCAAGAUGAUGCAAAGGUUAAACAAAAGGGCUUCUUUAGAUGUACUGGAAUCUUCCUAUAUGAGGCUCGGGCCCAUUGGCCUCUUUUCCUGGGUACUUUAUUGGGGGUCUUGGGCGCUGCAUCUGCUUUCCCAUUGCAAAGCUGGCUUUUUGCCAAACUCAUCGAUGUUUUCCGCCUCAGAGGAGACAAGCUUAGUGAUGCCGCAAGUUUCUGGGCUUUGAUGUUUUUUAUUCUGUCUUUGGGUGUCGCAGCCAGCUACGCUCUGGCUGCAUUCUCAGCAAACAGACUGUCCGCUGAAAUCUCAUCCUCUUGUCGGACAGAAUACUUCGACCAUAUCGUCAGCAAGCCCAUGCCAUUCUACGACAUGAAUGAGAACUCCUCCGGGUCUCUGGUCUCACGUCUAGCCACGGAUCCCAAGCAAAUUCAAGAAUUGAUCGGAUUGAACGGAAUCUUUCCACUUAUCUCGAUCUUCAGUACGAUAGGUUGCAUCGCCAUCGCCUUUUCCUUUGGCUGGAAGUUGAGUCUAGUUACUGUACUCGCGGCUCUUCCAUGCAUCUUCAUAGCCGCAUUCAUGCGAAUCAGAUACGAACUAGAGUUCGACUCCUUGAAUACGGCAGUGUAUGCCGGUAGUUCGCAAUUUGCUGCAGAGGCUAUCGAGGCAUUCCGCACUGUCUCGGCAUUGACCAUGGAAAAUUCAAUCCUGGACCGGUAUUCGAGUCUUCUGAAAGAUCAACAAAGCAAAGCCUUCCGCAAAGCUUCGGUUGCCACUCUGAUUUUCGCAUUUUCCGAUAGUGUCGAGCUCUGCGCUAUGGCACUCAGCUUUUGGUAUGGUGGUCAGCUUCUUGCGUCCAGAGAAUAUCAGCCCGCGUCAUUUUUUGUUAUCUAUAUGUCAAUUAUCAUCGGUGGACAGCAAGCGGGCAGCUUCUUCAGCUUUGGGUCGAACAUUGCCCAAGCGACAUCAUCCGCAAACCGGAUCCUGAACUUUCGGCCAACCUUGAAAGACACCGAAUCUACCUCCGGCAAGCCGAUGGACGACAAAUCUCGCAGUAUUGGAGCUCGCAUUGACUUCAAGAGUCUAGGAUUCCAAUAUGCCUCACAGGAUACUCCCCUGUUUACGGGUCUGGAUGUCAGCAUCGAAAGCGGCCAGUUUGUCGCGUUUGUGGGGCCAUCAGGCUGUGGCAAAACCUCUUUGAUAUCGAUACUAGAGCGAUUCUACAAUCCAACCCAAGGGGCUGUUUUUGUUAAUGACGAAGACAUCAGCUCUAUUGACCAAACUUCAUACCGAAGAUGCUUAUCCUUGGUAGCCCAAGAGCCACGAUUAUUUGAAGGAACAAUACGUGAUAACAUCACUCUCGGAAUCGACAAUUCAGAAUACAUAGAAGAAGAACUGGUUCAAGCAUGUGUCGAUGCUGAGAUUCACAGCUUUAUCAUGUCCCUUCCAGAUGGAUACUCCACAGAGUUAGGGAUGAAAGCCCAGACAGCUCUCAGUGGAGGUCAACGGCAAAGAUUGUGUAUCGCGCGUGCACUAUUGCGCAAACCAUCACUGCUUCUUUUGGAUGAAGCUACGUCAAGCCUAGACUCGCAAUCAGAGAAAAUUGUUCAAGCUGCCCUUGAAAGAUUGGCUGCACGGAGGAGUAUGACAAUUAUCGCGGUUGCACAUAGACUGCCGACUAUUCAAAAAGCCGACGUUAUUUUUGUCUUUGGGGAGAAUCUGAGUGGAAAAGGCUCGCGCGUCGUUGAGCGGGGCUCGCAUCAGGAGUUGCUUCAGAAUAAGGGAAUGUACUGGCAGAUGUGUCAAGCAAAUGGGCUGGAUCGAUAG